CAACAAUAUUAAUUUUAAUUAUUUGACUGAAGAAUCUAUACAAUUAAUUCAAGAACAAGAAGUUUUACAAGUAGCGUGUAAGCAACAAGAUAAUGAAGAGUGUGAAUAUAAAAAUGAAGAGUUCGAAUAUGAUAAAAGAAAUAAUUAUAUAAUACAACAACUUAAUACAGGAUAUCAAAAAAAUGAUGGUAUAGUAAUUAAUAAGUUGGUUGAAACCUAUAAUCAUACUCUUGCUUCAUAUCGAAAAGAGUUUGCUCCAAGUUUGCGUUCACUUUCUCAAGAAGUUCUUGAUAAUAUUAAGUUUUUUACUCAAAAAUAUAGUUUUGGUGCAAAUGCUUAG